GUUAUCUUCGAUCAGCAUUCCCCCUCGUUUCCAGUUAACAGUCCUGCAAGGGGCGUGCAUGUCGCAAGGGCGUCGACGGGAUUGGUCUGGAUCCUAAACUGGGUUUUUGCUUGCCUUUUGGAUAUUUUAUUUUUUUUUUCUGACUGGCAGAUCAUCUGCCCAGUAAUCUAGAGUAUAGAUUGACGCCGUUGGGUUCACUUGCAGACGCCAAUCCCUCCUGCACCCACUGGAUCAUGCAAGUGCGCGUCAAGGCCGCCCGCAUAUAUCGUUUUUGAUUGUCCUGACCCGGUCCCGGGGCCAAGGUUCGUGGGGUCUUAUAUAUAUAUACCUUGUCGAUGGUCACCAUGGAUCGCCCGGAAGACUCUGCGGCGUCUAUCUUCAGUGCCCCCUUUCAGUCCUCAUCGUCGCUUUUAGCCCGCCGCCGCAAAUCCCACUCACAUUCUAUUAAUCGCCCCCCGGUCGACCCGGCGUCCCCUGAAGUAAUAACUUCCUUAAUAUCAUCACUCUCAACGAUUUCGGUACCUCUUCAGACACAUUUCGACAACGUACCGUGCCUUGAUUCCGAUACCGACCUUUCGCUAUCCGUUUUACCGUUAGAACGACACUCCGCCCCCGGCGCAAGCCAUGAACAUGGUGUUGCGGUAAGAACAGGGCCGCCUCAAGCCUUCGAAGAGGUUUCGCAUAGUUCCUUUCUGCACCCAGAUGACGCGGCCGCUGCACCGGUCAUUCGCAUGGCCCGGGCUCCUCCAUCUCCAAAAUCAAAAGCGACGACCGGUGACGCUUCUCCUUCUCCAAUAAGACCUACUUCUAGGGGCUCAUACACGUCCUCCAGAACGGCGUACGAAGAUAAUACAUUCGGCAUGAUCACAACCGAACCUGGUCCACGAGUUUCGACUGCACCUAGUAUUACCUCGACUAGUUCCCGGAAGAGUUUAAAGAGUCAGUUUGGUCUGUUGAAAAAGUCGUCUCGGGAGUUCACAUGCAACAAGGAUAGACGCGCAGAACGUUUGCGGAAGACGAGUAGCUACAACGACAGCUUGAGACAUAAUCUUCCUCGAAGUAGAACCAGUGUACGCUCGAUGCAUUCUAUCGCUGAUGUGGCCGGAAAUGGCCGGUAUAGCCACUCCGCUAAGGAGACCUCCCGGGAACACGGGGCUAGCUCUCCGAAUGAAGAGUAUCUUUCGUUGCAAAGCGCGCGCACGAGCGCCCCCAGUACUCCCGGAGGCAUCGGAAGUGGCAGGGCAAUUCCUGUUCGCGAGUCUUCUCUACGUCAUAGCUUCUCUUCCAAUUCUAGACACCAUAGAUCUACUCGCCAUAGUCGAUACUCGUCCACGGCGAGCAAAGAUACGAAAGUGGACAGUGACACUGGAAACGAAGCCGAGCAUGUGACCAAGAGGAUACGAGAGCUGAAGGAUCAGCAACAGAAGAUCAAGAACGAAUUGGAGAUAGACGACAGCCCCGACAAAGUCACCAGGGGGCCGUCCGCAAAACACAAUCAACCACCACAAAAGCCUAGUGAACUCGACAACGGCGGUGAGCCAAGUGAUACUGGAAGCAAUAAGGUCAAUACGUUCGAUGAGAGCGCUCCAGCUCCGGCUGUUAUGACGGGGAGAAGUAGAUCUACGACCCGUAAUAACCCGCAACUCGCAUCAAAAGCAACCAAUUGCCCGACACAGUCGUCUGCGCCGAGACAAUCCUUUGACAAGCCUGAUCAGAAUGAAAAGUUACGUUAUCGACGUUCAGUGGAACAGUCAACCGCGCCGCGGCACCAUAAACAUUCCCCGUCCGGCCCUGUUUCUCCAGGUCGUGCUUCUGUUGUGGAUGAGCGCCCAUCCAGUGCUGAUUCAGUCGACCUUGCAGUUCUAGAUUAUGUAUCCGCUCCUAGGCUUACCCAGAAAGUAAUCCAUCCUACCACUGGCCGCGAAAUAGCUUUUUCGGAGGUCGGAGACCCCAAAGGACACGUCGUAUUAUGCUGUCUUGGAAUGGGCUUAACCAGAUAUCUAAUGGCGUUCUAUGAUGAGCUAGCGCGAUCGCUUCAUCUCCGACUCGUCACAUUGGACCGUCCUGGGGUUGGCGAAAGCGGGCCUUAUGUAAAUGAGGCGGGUACUCCUCUCGGUUGGCCAGACGAUGUUGCGAUUGUAUGCAAUUAUAUCAAAGUAACAAAAUUCUCUAUCCUCGCCCACUCGGCCGGUGCUAUUUAUGCGCUGGCAACUGCCCUAAGGAUUCCCCAGCAUGUCAGGGGGCGCAUACAUCUUCUAGCUCCUUGGAUCCCUCCAUCUCAACUGUCUUCCAUCGGCUCACAGAGAGCCCCCGUUCCUACCAAUGCCGUCCCGUACUCUCAACGGAUCCUUCGUGCCCUACCCACGUCUAUCUUGAAGGUUGCUAAUUCGAGCUUCAUGAGCGCAACAAGUGCGAGCUUGACCGCCAAUCUCCCCAAAUCCUCCCGGCGCACUAGGAGAAAGGCGACAAUGAAAGACUCGUCCAACUCAGCUUUACUUGAAGCCAAUGGCUCUCAACGUCAUCCAUCCAACAGAGUAUACCAACAAGGAGCCGACCUCCAAGCGCUACAGAUCAAGAAACUGCAGAUCCCUAAUGGGACCAAAGUCGAAGACACUACAACAAGCCAGGUGGUGGCUGAGUUCGAGAAACGUGAACGCCAGUCUGAUUAUGACAACCGCCUGACGCACAAGAUCUGGGAACUGGCCACCACGAAUGCAAACCCGGCGGUGGACCUCGUCGUUUGCUUGGAACGUCGACAGCCGAUUGGAUUCCGCUAUGUUGACAUUACCCGCAAUGUCGUUAUCCACCAUGGAAGCAGAGACACGCGUGUUCCUGUUGAUAAUGUAAGGUGGCUUGGCCAAAGCAUGCGACGCUGUGAGGUUCGUAUACUCGAAGGCGAAGGGCAUGGGCUGAUGGCCUCAGCAACAGUUAUGGGUAAUGUCUUGAUGGAAAUUUCCAAGGAGUGGGAGGACUGGAUGACAGUAGUCCAGGGCAAGCGUCGAGCAACUAUAGGAACAAGGUCAGGUAUCGCCAUCCAAACCUGAUCUGGUUGGAAGUUGCUGCAUCGAAGUCAUGGGAGAUUUCGAAGAAUCUGGAGAACAAAGGAUGGGGAAGAAACCGAAAAUAAACAGAAGAAGAAACAGCGGGGAUUGGAAGGACGUCGGAUAGGCAUUCUGAGGACUCUGGCCAUGGCCAGGGCCUCCCACCUAACUAAGCCUAUGCUGUCAUCUUACGUGGUACUGCUGCUGGUUUUGCAGUCUUUGGAUUUCACGCGUUGCUUGACAAGAUCAACCUCGCCUACUUCUAGGUUGAAGCUUGCAUUCACAUGCCUAUAGAUACGCCUUUACUCUGACAUGCCCUGUGUUCGAUAUGAUACCAUUGGCGCUUUCGAUUGUUGUUUUGUUCUCUUAGCCUAAUACCCGAUCAUGCUGUAUGUAACUGUUUAAUCUAUAAUCAACGAUCGCAU